CACAUAGAACUUUGGCGUUGCGUUGGCGUUGGCGUCGCUUUGACAGCAGCGCGAGUGGCGUGUGUUCUUGCUACAAUGAAAGUUUUGACAGCGCCGGCGAUGACAUUUGUUCAAGCCACGUGGUAGAGUAAACAACCGGAAAAUAAGAAAAAGUUUAUAAUUUAGUUAAUAAAACGCAAACAAAUACAACAAAGCCGAAUUAUUUACGGCGGUAUAGCUUCAUAGGAAGCCGGCCCAAUAAUUUAAAUCAUCAAAUAGACAUUUGUUUUGUUUUUUGCCAGUGAAAAUUGUUGUGUAUCCUCGAGUGUUAUUAAAAAAAAUAAUGUCAUCUUUUAUCGAAAUAAUAUUAAUAGUGCUACUUAUGCACGAGGCUAGCGAGUGUUUGAAGAAAAUUAAUUCUCGGCGGCGGGAGUGGGUAAGACCUCUUUACCUAAGUCGCGACAUUGAUGGACUAUUUGUAACCAGUUUUGACGAAAUGUACAAAAAUGACCCGGAGCAGUUUAAAACUACGGUGAGGAUGACUAAGGAGGUGUUUGAUUUGCUCUUUGGGCUCGUGAAGGAACGCCUCAUAAAGUAUUCCUACAGGCCGUCAAUUUCUGCAGAAAUGAGACUAUUCUUAACAUUGAAUUUCCUAGCACACGGGGGAACUCAGCAUUUGUACGCUACAGCGUAUAAAAUGGGUCGCUUCACAGUCAACAAAAUAAUUUUGGAAACCUGCAAAGCGCUUUGGAGUGAACUUGGCAGUGUAUAUUUGUCUGUGCCAAAAAGGCACGAGUGGAAACGUAUAUCCCAUGACUUCAACACUAUUUGGAAUUUCGGGAACUGUGUGGGCGCAAUCGACGGAAAGCACAUCACUUUAAAAUGUCCUUCUAACUCCGGAUCUCUAUUUUACAGUUACAAGGGUACCUACUCCAUCGUAUUAUUAGCAUGUUGCGAUGCGAAUUACACAUUCACUUUUAUCGAUAUUGGUGCGUACGGUUCGCAAAGCGACGGCGGUGUGCUUUGUAAUUCUGGAUUUGGUCAAAGGCUGUUCCAUGAUCAACUAGACCUGCCUGAGGAUGACUUUUUACCAGACAGCAAUAUUAAGUUUCCUCAUUAUUUCGUUGGAGA